AUGACCACCUUCGCUAAGGGCACCUUUGACUUUGCGCGCUACGCGGCGGCACGUCCCACCUAUCCUCGGCAGCUGUACGACUUCGUGUUCAAGUAUCACGAACGCUCUCGCGGUGCUAAAUGGGACCUGGCCGUAGACCUCGGCUGUGGCACUGGCCAGGCUACGGUCGAGUUGACUGCGUUCAAACAGGUCAUUGGUGUCGACCCGAGUAGUGGCAUGAUUGAGAAGGCAAAGGCGUACGCCGCUCAAGUAGACGUGGGCAAGACGAAGCAAAUCGACUUUGUGCACUCUUCCGCCGAAGAGUUGCCGUUCCUUGAAGAUGGUUCCGUGGACCUUCUUGUCGCAGCUCAAGCCGCGCACUGGUUCAACUGGGACAAAGUAUGGCCGGAGGUCGCUCGCGUCUUGCGCAAGAACGGCAGUGCAGCUUUCUGGGGCUAUUCAGAGUUUCGCUUGAGCAAUUACCCAAAGUUAACGCCGCUCAUCACCCAAUACUCGCAGGGAGCCGACCCUGAGAAGAGUCUUGGGCCGCACUGGCAGCAGCCGGGUCGCAGCAUCCUUGAUAAUCAUUUCCUGGACGUACCCAAGGCGACGGACGUCCUCCCAGACAAGUUCACUGAAUGGGAGCAUGUCUUCUUCACAGGCGAACACCAUCCGAACCUCAAGGACGCGCGCCCGACGAUCUUGCGCAAGAAGAUGACUUGGGAGGACCUGCAAGCGUACCUUCACUCUUUCAGUUCUCUGCACACGUACCUCGAGAAGUACCCACAGGAUAAGGAGAAUCCCGAGGGCGACAUCGCAACACGUUUCUUCAAGACGCUCAAGAAAGAGACAGGGGAACCGGAGUAUAUCGACGUUGAGUGGCCGAUGGCGGUCAUGUUAGUGAAGCGGGCAUAA